AAGGAUUAUCCAGAUCAGUCCCGUCUAAUCUCAGCUCCCCACCUGCACCCUCCCUGCAGUCACUGGAACCCUCUUCCCUGCUCCACCCUGAGCUCAGGAAGACAGUUUGGACGUGGACAAUGGGUCGUGUCUCACCCUCACGUUCUGACUCGGCCUGGUUGCUAGGCAGGCCCUGACUGCCAAGAUCAUCACCAUUGGUGGGGGCCAGCAUCCAGGGGCACUGCUGGAGCUCUGGUGGCUACUGCUCCUUCCCAUCCUCCCAAACUCAGCCUUUAAUCCUCACAGCUUUGCUCUAAUCCUAUGGGGCCUGAUGCUCUUCUCUCUGCCUGCAGAGAGACCCAUCAGGGAAGCACCCCUUCUACCCCCCCUCCCUCCAGGGCUUGUUGUGGGGGGCUGCCCCUCUAUAGCCCAGCACUCCUGUUUCUACCCCUCCCCCUGGCUGGGCCCAAGUCUCUCUGGAAGCCACACACCUCUCUCCCUGUGCUCUUCCCCACCCCUGCCAGCUGAUUUCAUUUGCCUGACGUAGUCAUCAUCAUUGGCCCUACCCUUCCCUGUCAGUGCCACUGCCCCCCCCUCCCCAGAGUGGGGCCAGGCCAGGCCAGCUCCUCUGGCAGCAGAGCUGGGGCAGGUGACGGGCUGGCGUCGCUGCUGAGGGAGUAAGGAGGCGCUUGGGAACCGGAGCUGGAAACCUGGGAGAGGUCCAGUCAGAGCCCAAGAGCCGGAGCUACCCCUCAACCUGUCAGCCAUGGGGGAGAUGGAGCAGCUGCGGCAGGAAGCGGAACAGCUCAAGAAGCAGAUCGCAGAUGCCAGGAAAGCCUGUGCUGACACCACGAUGGCAGAGCUUGUGUCUGACCUAGAAGUCGUGGGACGAGUCCAGAUGCGGACCAGGCGGACGUUACGGGGACACCUGGCCAAGAUUUAUGCCAUGCACUGGGCCACUGAUUCCAAGCUGCUAGUGAGUGCCUCACAAGAUGGAAAACUGAUCGUGUGGGACACCUACACCACCAAUAAGGUACAUGCCAUCCCUCUGCGCUCCUCCUGGGUCAUGACCUGUGCCUAUGCCCCAUCGGGGAACUUCGUGGCGUGUGGGGGGCUGGACAACAUGUGCUCUAUCUACAGCCUCAAAUCCCGUGAGGGCAAUGUCAAGGUCAGCCGGGAACUCUCUGCUCACACAGGUUAUCUCUCCUGCUGCCGCUUUCUGGAUGACAACAACAUUGUGACCAGCUCAGGGGACACCACGUGUGCUCUGUGGGAUAUCGAGACCGGGCAGCAGAAGACUGUGUUUGUGGGACACACAGGGGACUGCAUGAGCCUGGCUGUGUCUCCCGACUACCAGCUCUUCGUUUCCGGGGCUUGUGAUGCCAGCGCCAAGCUGUGGGAUGUGCGGGAGGGGACCUGCCGGCAGACUUUCACCGGCCACGAGUCGGACAUCAACGCCAUCUGUUUCUUCCCCAAUGGAGAGGCCAUCUGCACAGGCUCAGACGACGCCUCCUGCCGUCUGUUUGACCUGCGGGCAGACCAGGAGCUGACCGUUUAUUCCCAUGAGAGCAUCAUCUGUGGCAUCACAUCUGUGGCUUUCUCCCUCAGUGGCCGCCUGCUCUUUGCAGGCUACGAUGACUUCAACUGCAAUGUCUGGGAUUCCAUGAAGGGCGAGCGUGUGGGCAUCCUCUCUGGCCAUGACAACAGGGUCAGCUGCCUGGGGGUCACAGCUGAUGGGAUGGCGGUGGCCACUGGCUCCUGGGACAGCUUCCUCAAAAUCUGGAACUGAGAAGGCUGGAGGGGGGAGGUAAAAGGCCAUGAAGACACUCAGCUGCCCCUUCUCCUGCCCACUUUCUCUAAGGUUCCUUUAAACUUCCUCUUCUAUACCCCAGCUGCCAUUCCCACAAAGCUUUCUCCUUUGAAGACAAUGGGGAACACAGGGAGUGUGCCUUUGGGGGGCCGCAUCAGGGACAGGCAGAGAACUGCCCCAUCUCCUCCCAUGGCCUCCCCUCGCCAUGGUCAUGACACUUUCACCCUUAGUGAGCAAGGAUGACUGACCCCUCCCCAGCCCUUGGCAGGUCCAGCAGGCUUCCAGUGUGGGACUCCAGGCCCUAGGAUUCCUCCCCCAGAGCUCCUCCCUUUGUCCAGACCUGUGUGGCACAGGGUGCUUAGCCCAUGACUAUGGCUCUGGCACCACCAAGGUCCUGGCCCCCUUUUCCUUCGUGCUUUCUCCUUUUUCUACCAUCUUUUUUUUCUCUCUGCAAAGCACCUGCAAUAAAGUACAGCACCCUGGUAUAUCUUUGA